GGAGGGUUUGUGUGUCUGGGAACCUGCUACUGGUUUCCCCACACACACACACACACACACACAGAGUCAGUCAGACAGACGGUGUCUCUCUGCUGCAACGGCAGCAAGCAAAACAAACUCCCGUCCCGCCGCUCAGAAAGCUACAAACUGUGGUAGAAGUGAAGUCGACGCAAUGCUUAACACGAAAUGCUACCGUGUGGCCUGAGCAGACAGCGCGCAGUGAGGACGAGCCCGCUGAAAGUGAGCGAACUGUGACCGCAGCUGGGAAAAUUAACUGGAGGAUCUGAGGAUCGCACGUGGAAAGCCAACGCUGAAACGCGUCGCGAAACGUGGAUCUCCUUCUCUCCACCUUAACUGUUUGCCAGCUGUUCACUGCUGUCUACUAAAGAGAUGAGUGCCAAGUCAGCCAUCAACAAGGAGGUCUUCAUACCCCACGAUGAGAAGAUGCUCGCUGCUGUGCAGGUGAAGCGGAGGACCAAGAAGAAGAUCCCUUUCCUGGCCACUGGUGGUCAGGGAGACUACAUGACCUUCAUCUGCCUCUCAGUGACGAAUAAGAAACCGUCCCACGUAUCCAUCACUAAGGUGAAGCAGUUCCAAGGAUCUUCUGCUUUCAUAAAAAGGUCACAGUGGACAGUGGACCAGCUACGGCAGGUCAAUGGCAUUGACCCCAACAAAGACUGUCCAGAGUUCGACCUGAUGUUCGAAAAUGCUUUUGAUCAGUGGGUUGCUGGUUCAGCAGGAGAGAAAUGCACUUUCAUCCAGGUUCUUCACCACACCUGCCAGCGCUAUGGCUCUGCACGAAAACCAGAAUUCGUCAACUGUCAGUCCAAACUGCUGGGGGGUAACAGUAUACUACACUCAGCUGCAGACAGCGUGACGAGUGCUGUACAGAAGGCCAGCCAGGCUCUGAACGAGCGCGGCGAGCGAUUAGGUCGGGCUGAAGAGAGGACCGCAGACAUGAUGAACAGUGCCGAGCAGUUCGCUGUCACUGCACACAAGCUUGCCAUGAAGCACAAGUGUUAGACCACUGCCAAAACCAACUGGGGGGUGGGGAUCAACAAACGCCAGUCGCUGUACAGGAGGAUUCCAGAUUUAUUCUUUUUAAAUUUUUUAAUAUGAUUAUUCUUUGUUAAUAAUGCUAACAUUUUAAUGUUUUGGGUUAUUGUAUUGUGGUGCGUCUUCCGAUGGUGAUGCAUCGGGACGAGGGGUCUAAACAUGCGACUUCAGAACUCUACACGCCAUAGCCAUGACUGUAUUUGAUAACCGCGCUAAGGUCACUCAAAACACUUGCCCUCUUCGUACGCUCAGACGCUAGUGUGCGAGUGCACACAUGCCGACAAGUCAUUAUGAGCAGUCACUCCAAGACGGGGAUCAGCUUGUCUCACAGGUUACUAAUUGCUGAGAGUUAUCCAUGAGCGCUGCAGUGAUUAUGCAGUCUGAUUUAUGAUAACAAAUAUGUAACACAUGCAUACAUGAAUAUAGCCUUGAAUUUCACAUCUGAUGCUUACUGGGUUGGACCCACAACCCAUUUAAGAGCAUGGGAUGUCAGAUGAGAAGAAAUAAUACAUCCAUAAAUAUUUCAGCGUAACGUUUCCUUCUUUCCUUUGACUCUCGGACGUUGCAGCGUGUUUCGAUCAGUUGUUCUGCCCAUCAUUUCAAAAUGUGUCACAACAGUAUUAAACUUUUACAGCAUAUUGUUUAGAAACAGCAAAUGAGACUGAGUGGAGCGGUUUAGGUGUAAGAAUAUAGUGAAAUAUCCUCUGUUGAACAUGUUUACCAUUCCAAAACAACCAAAACUAUGUGGAAUACACUUGCCAACAUUUUUGAAGUGUACUUGAAGAACUCUGUUUUUAAAAUCAGCUUUUUAAGUAUAAUAAUUUAUGUUAGAGGGGGACAGGUGGGUCACUUCAGUAAACCAGCUUCUGCACUGUAAAAAGCAAAACAUGUAAUUCUAGUGCUAUUAUCUAAAUGUCUGUAGAGCUAAUUUGUCUCAUGGGACGAACAUGCGAUGUUUUGAAAUGAAUCCAGGCUGUAUUUCAACUUUAAACAUUCGGUAGUCAUAUUUUACGCUUUUUGUAUAAUUCGGGUUAGUCACUAUAAUGAUUGUGUGUACUGAUAGAUAGAUUAGAAAACUUCUCAAAUAGCAGCAGUGUGCAGUAGUUUAUUUUCUGUGUCAUUGCUCUCACACUGACUGUAAUUUUGGCUUUCUCAUCCUCACAGUCAAGAUGAUGAUGUUGAUUCUUUUUAUAUUUUGAAUUUUAGAGCUCAUGACAUUACGAUGCACCGACAACCUUAUCUCGCAAAGCACUGCUGAGUUCAUACUGAAACGUUCCAGUUGCCUCACUGUUAAUGUGCUUCUAUUCCUCUAACACUUUUGAUGUUUCUUGUUUUAAUUAAAAAAUACAUAUAGAUAUAUAAAUAGUGUUUUUUUAAUAACCAGCUUUAACAGCUCCACCAAACAAUGGAAUCAAAAGUUUAGCAUUAAGCAAAGCAUUAUUUUUUUGUUGGGUGUUCUUCAUCACUGUUAUUGCAUUUGUGUGUUUUACUCACAUAGAUUUUCUCUGCUCAUAAACCACAAGAUGCCAACAAUUUAAAGGGUUGCUCUGUCAUUUUUUUCUCUCUGAUGUGCUCAGUCUCACUUAGUGCUUCAGUGAUGCUCAUAUCACACUGACCUCAAUUCUCUGUAAUACUGUAAGAAGCAAAAUAAAGUUCGAUCCACAGUCAAA